AUGAACCCAUCACCAUCUCUAGCAGCAGCAGCAGAAGCAUCUUCUUCAUUCUCAUCUUCCAAGUCUUCCUCCCUUAAUCCCAGCCCAAGUACCAGAGAAAAUAAUCAUGGUGUGCCCAUUAAAACCUUCCGAUCUGCAGAAGACAAUCGCAUGAAAUCUCCAUGGUCAUCAUCAAUAGCUUCAUCAUCUGCUUCCUCUUCAUCUUCUCAGACUUCCUCCGCCAACCCUAGCCCCAGCACCACUCACGAUGUUUUUAUCAGUUUUAGAGGUGAAGACACCCGCAACGGUUUUGUAAGCCAUCUCCGAGCCGCUUUUAGAAGGCGCGGUAUCAAAACCUACAUGGAUGAUUGCGAUCUCGAGAGAGGGAAUGAAAUUUCGCCCACUCUUUUAGUAGCAAUCAAGCAAUCCAAGAUCCUGCUCAUAGUUUUCUCCAAAAAGUACGCAAAUUCAAGUUGGACUCUGGACGAACUAGCCAAGAUAAUGGAAUGCAAGAAAAAAAGGGGACAACAUGUGAUCCCUAUUUUCUAUGGAGUCUCUCCGUCAGAUGUGCGACACCAGAGAGGGAGUUACGGAACUGAUUUGAAACGACAUAAGAAGGAGCGCAAGGCCGACAACCAAACAGUUCAAAAGUGGACGAUAGCCAUGACAGAAGCCGCCAAUCUCUCUGGUUGGGAAUGCUCAGGUUCUAGGUAA